AUGACCCAGAUCCCCGUCAAUCGCCCCGGUGAUCAGUCACCACUAUCCGAUACGCGCAUGGACCCUACCUACGGUCGUCUCUCUGGCCACAUCAGCGCCAGCUCAAUGAGCGCCAUGACAGGCUACCCCACCGACUACGUUGCCUCCUUGACUGGAGCACUGGGAUCGCUCGACAUAAAUGCGAUGCGCGCUUUCCCGCAGCCUCUUCUCGAUGGUGGCUUACAGAUUCCGACCCCUGACGGCAGCAUGGGUGGCCACUCACCCGACUUUGGGAGUGAGGCCGCGCGUCAGUUCAUGGCCAGCGGCCUCAUGGCCGGAUCUGCCUCUCCCUACGGCCAGCCUGGUUACGGCGGGCUGAUGGGCAUGCCAGUGAACUCGAAUCUCGGGUUGCCGAGCGGGGCCGUGUCGCCCAAUGCUGCCACUUCUGCGUAUGCCGUGCCCGGGUACUUCCCCUUGAUGCAGCAGGCGAAUUUCGGCUUUCCUCCUCAGCGCAUGACGGGCAACUACGGCCCUGCUGCUGCUGCCGCCGCUGCCGCUGCAGCCGGCAACCUGACUGGACGUACCGUGUACAUUGGCAACAUUCCUGAUGACGCGUCUGCCGACGAGCUCCUCAACCUCGUCCGUUUUGGCCCCAUCGAGUCUGUCAAGAUUCUCUCAGACAAGAGUUGCGUCUUUAUCUCUUUCCUUGACGGCUCAACUGCAGCGGCAUUCUAUGCCGACGCCGCUGUCAAGAAACUGGCGCUGCGCGGACAGGAGCUGCGCAUCGGGUGGGGACGCGAGUCCAACCUUCCUACCGCCGUUGCCAUUGCUGUCAACUACAACCAGGCAACUCGCAACGUCUUCAUUGGAAAUCUGACCGACGAGGACACUGAGCAGACCCUGCGCGACGACCUCGCUCGCUUUGGAGAUAUCGACCAGAUCAAGAUUGUCCGUGACAAGAACAUCGCCUUCAUUCACUUCCUUUCCAUCACGGUCGCCAUGAAGGUUGUCAACACUCUCCCCCGCGAGCCUGCCUACAAGGCCAAGCGUGUCGGCUUUGGCAAGGAUCGGUGCGCCUACGUGCCCCGCGCCCAACAAGCCGCCGUUCGCCAGGCAGUAGCCCAGGCCACUGCCGCUGUCCAGGCUCACUCUGGUCAACUCGCUGGCAAUCCGUUCAACUAUGGCUUCGGAUACAACCCGUCGGCAGGCUUUGACCAGAACGGGUUCAACACUGCCGGUGUGAACGGCUUUACCACCACUGGUGGCGGUGCAGGCUAUGUGGACCCGUCGCAGAUGAACAACCGUUCGAUCUACCUCGGAAACAUCAGUAGCGAAACUUCUGUCGAGGAGCUGUGCAACAAUAUCCGCGGCGGAGUACUCGAGUCGAUCAAGGUUCUGCCCGACAAGAAGUGCGCCUUUGUCAUGUUUGUCGACCCAGCCGCGGCGCUGUCGUUCUACCGCCAUAGCGAGCAGAACCCGAUCACCAUUGCAGGUCGCCGUCUCCGCAUUGGCUGGGGCAAGGCUUUGACGCCUGUGUCGCCCAAGCUCCUCGCCGACGUGCAGCAAGGUGCGAGCCGCAACGUUUAUAUUGGCCAGAUUACCGACUUUGACUUGUUCAACGCUGAGAAGCUUCGCGCCGACUUUAGCGAGUACGGUGACAUCGAGCUCAUCAACUUCUUCAAAGAGAAGCAUGCGGCUUACGUCAACUUCACCUCUAUCGAGGCGGCGCAGAAGGCGAUCGCGGCAAUCAAGCAGAAGGAUGACUAUGCGGCCCUCCGCAUCGCGCACGGCAAGGACCGGUGCGGCUACCCGCCCCGCCAGCCGCGCUCGCAGGGCAGACGCGAGACCUCCCCGCGCGCCAACAGUGAGAACGACCCUGUCGCCGCUGCCAUUGCCGCCGCCGAGGCCAACGCUGCGGCCGUUGAGGAGUCUCCCAAGGAGUAG